AUGAGAGCUGCAAGAUGGACCGGAACCAAGAGUAUCGAAUUGGGCACUGUGCCCAAAGAUGCCAUUGUCCGGGUCACACAUUGCACAAUCUGUGGCUCAGACUUACACAUGUAUGCUGGCGAAUUGAACUCGGGCAUGCAAAAAGGCGACAUCAUGGGCCACGAAGCAAUCGGCAUCGUGGAAGAUGUCGGCUCUCAAGUCUCCAAGAUCAAGAAGGGCGACCGAGUCAUCAUCCUCCCAGUCAUCGCUUGCGGAGACUGCUUCUAUUGUCAAAGACAAGAAUACUCGUUGUGCGACUCUACCAACCCAAGCAAGGAAAUGGAGAAUAUGUGGGGUCAUCGUUUGUCCGGAAUCUUUGGCUACUCUCACUUGACUGGUGGCUAUCCCGGCGACCAGGCGGAAUGGUGUCGUGUGCCCAACGCGGACUUGACCUGCGUGAAGGCCCCUAUGGACGUGGAUGCUAAGAAAUUGGUUGCUCUUGCUGAUGUGACCCCUACAGCCUGGCACGGAUGCGAGCUCGCGGAGGUAACCAAAGGAGACGUUGUUGGUGUUUGGGGAUGCGGUGCAAUCGGGCUUUCCAUCCAGAAGCCUUCACUGUUUCGCGGUGCGAGAAAGGUCUAUGCCAUCGACAAGGACCCUCAGCGUCUCAAGAUUGCUGCAUCGUUCGGAGCAAUUCCAGUCAACAUCAACGAUCAUACUGAUGUCGCUGCUUAUAUCCUUUCUGUGGAGCCUCAUGGACUGGAUCGUGGAAUCGAAGCCAGCGGAUUCCGCAGCGAGACUUCCGUCACUCAUACUCUAAUGCGCAAGGUUGGACUUGAAGGUGAUCAAGGCGACACAGUCACUUCUAUCAUCACGGCAACCAGAAAGUGCGGCAACAUUGCUCUGAUCGGCGACUUUUUCUUCAACACCAACCAGUUUCCCAUUGGUAUGCUCAUGGAGAAAACGAUCACACUCCGUGGAGGUCAGCUCAUGGCACAAAAGUACUUUCCUUACCUUCUUGACAUUGUGGUCAGCGGCGAGUAUGAUCCGUCGUUUGUCAUGACCCACACAGAUGAUUUCGAGAACGUUUCGAAGAACUACGCCUCUUUCAACGAUCACAAGAUUCCAGGUGGUCUAAAGGUCUGUCUAGUCACUGAAUUUGGAAGGUCGGGAGUAAGAUCGAUUUGA